GAGUAAAGUCAGGGAAUCUCUCUCUCUCGCUCUCUGCUUCUCUCUCUCUCUCUCUAUUCUCUAUUUCUCCUUUUUCGCUUCCCUCUGCUCACUCCUCUUUCUCGUCCUACUACUUCUAUUAUCAACAGGAGGGUCUAAAAAAUACUAUAAACCUUUUACUAUUAUAUAUAUAUAUAUAUAUUUGGAGAGAAAGAGAAAGAGAGAGAAGAACCACUCACUCACUCACUCGGCGUGCAAAAGAAAAGCGACUAUAGAUUGCAAUCCCAAAACUAUUAUAGCUCUCUCCCUUUUGGCCUUUUAUUCAAUUUUUAUCUUUGCUUUUGGUGGGGUUUCUCUUAGGCUGUUAUAUGCUCUGUUUUGAUUUUCAAUCUCUUGGGUCAUGGAUUGAGAGGCUCUGUUUUUGGUGCUUUUGAGGUUUAUAUAACUCUUUAUUAUCUGGGUUUUUAAUUUUUGGGCCAUUAGAGCUGGAUUUUGAUAUGCUUUGAGGAUGUGGGUGUUCAUAAAUUGAGCUCUCUCUGUGAGGUUUCUUUUAUUUUCUUGGAGGAGAAGGUGCUUUUCCGUUUGGGUGUGAUUUACUAGGGAAAAGAAAUGGAAAACAAGGAUGAGGAUUGUCCUCAGUUGCUUGAUUUGAUACCAAAAAACAGAGAGUGGAUUGUACCAAGGGGUGAUAGACACAGAAGCCAUGGAUCUUCAGAGGAGAAAAAGCUUGAGCUAAGGCUUGGUCCACCAGGUGAACAAGAAGAACAAGACUGGACCAAGAACAACAACUCUAGAGAGAGAGAUGGCUCUCUCUCCUCUGUUGGGUACUUCUCUAACAUGGCUUCCUUGACCCAUAACAAUGGUGGAAACAGAGUAGAGAAUGGUUGGAUAAACAACCAGAAAGUAUCAUUCUCAGAUAACCCAGUUGGGAAAACCCUAAAAACUCCAUGGUCAUCUUCUCCAUUUAUUCAUCAGAUCCAAACAAACAACCCACAAAGCUCACAGACCUGUGGGACUAAAGGAGGGGUGGAUUUACAGAAGAGUGCAGAGAAGAAGGCAUUUUCUGCAAAUACAGCUGUGCCAAACAGCUCUCAGAAAAGAACUGCUCCUGCCCAAGUGGUGGGGUGGCCUCCGAUUCGUUCAUUCAGGAAGAAUCUUGCCAGUAGCAGUUCGUCCAAGCAGAUCCCAGAAUCCCAAAAUGUGGUCCCAGACAAGGUUCCAAGCGAAAAAAAACGGGUUGGAAGUUUCCCAAAAGGUUUCUUUGUGAAGAUCAAUAUGGAUGGAGUUCCUAUUGGAAGGAAAGUUGAUCUUAAAGCUUAUGAUAGCUAUGAAAAACUCUCCUCUUCUGUUGAUGAGCUCUUCAGAGGCCUACUUGCAGCUCAAAGAAAUUCCUCUGCCGGAGGAAUCCAGAACAAGCACGAGGGAGAGAGAGCGAUUACCGAUUUAUUAGAUGGAAGUGGUGAAUAUACCCUUGUUUAUGAGGAUAAUGAAGGAGACAGGAUGCUUGUUGGGGAUGUCCCAUGGCACAUGUUUUUAUCCACUGUGAAAAGGCUCCGCGUGUUGAAAAGUUCUGAGCUCUCAACACUGCGCUUUGGCAGUAAGCAAGAAAAGAUCCAACUCGAUGCUGCUUCGAAAUGAAUCUGAAGAAUUUUCACUGUUAGUUUGGAGUAGACUUUGGUUUGUGAAUUAUAUUUUCUAUGGCUAGGCCAGAAAGAAAAGUGAGGCAUUUGUAGUUAAAUAUUUCCAGCUAAUUGUUAUAUUUGGGAGGAUGGAUUGACUUGUUUUCCUUCAACUUUUCAAUAUUUUUCUUC